UCCAGUGUAACGUUGCCAACUGUGUCUCGUGCAAUACACCGAACGUGUGUGCAGUUUGCAACACUGGAUACACUUUGAACGCUGCCAACAACAGAUGCGAUGAUCACUACAAAAAAGAUACAACUAGUUAUAUUUUAUUUUCAGUGCAAUGCAACUUUCGAUUUUGUCAAACCUGUCAGUCACCCAACAGAUGUUCUCAGUGUAACAGUGGCUACAGCUUGGAUAGCAAUGAAAUCUGCCUUCCACAAUGCAACGUUCAGUUCUGCCAACAAUGCCGAGCACCGAACAGAUGUUCCGUCUGUAAUAGUGGCUACUAUCUGAAUAGUGAUGCAAACUGCGUCCAAAUUCCAAUAACGUGCAACGUUGCCAACUGUCGAUCAUGUCUCGUAGCGAAUGUCUGCUACCUGUGCAAUGAUGGUUACACGCUCGAUACCAACAAUAACGUCUGCAGAAGUGCGUUUUGUUUUGAAUAUCAUCCGUGCAGUGCAACGUUCCUAAUUGCCAGAACUGUCAGUCACCCAACAGAUGUUCCCAAUGUAACAGUGGCUACAAUCUGGAUGGCAAUGGAAACUGCAUUGCUCAGUGCAAUGUCCCAAACUGUCAACAAUGUCAGACACCCAACAGAUGUUCACAAUGUAACUGUGGUUACAGCUUGGAUAGCAAUGGGAACUGCGUUCCCCAGUGUAUUGUUCCAAACUGUCAGCAAUGUCAAACCCCCAACAAAUGUAGCCAAUGCAAUAGCGGUUACAACUUUUACAGCAAUGGAAACUGCGUCCGUGAGUACAGAAUAA